AUGUUUAGAACUGUCCAGUCUACAAGGGGGGCCAUCACGCUCUUCCAUAAUCCCGCUUGCAAGAGAUCCGUCUCCCUAUUGGAGAAACUCAGGUCCGCCCAAACCAACACUUCCUCCUCAGAGUAUAAGUACAGCAUCGAUGUCUCCACCACCAAACCAACAUCAGACCAGUUCAACUAUAUUAAGCAAUCGGUGAACCUGUCCCCGCUCUCCAAAUCGGCGUUUCAGGAGGCCUUCCCAGAUACAAGGACACUCUCCACCACGGAAAUUGAGAAUUUCAACAACAGUGACAACUUUGUCCCCCCUCUAGUGGUUGACUGGGAUAACAAACUACUAGCCACUAAUACGAGCGGGUUGGAGAAGAUCUUACAGAAACACAACAACUAG